AUGGACAUAGUAAGUAGUGUGACGGUAGAAUGGUCUAUCUUCAGGUUGAAUAUGAGUGAGCUUUACGAGCGCAAUCAGUGGAAGAAUAUGUACAGCGACAAAAUGGGGUAUUGUACCAAUUCGAAGUUGAAGGAGUUGCAGCAGCCCGGGAUUCUUUACUUUGUUAGAAACAACGAACCCGCUGGACAGGAGGACGUGGCCGGGUUCCUCAAGCUUGACCUGGCCGAUGACGCUUUCGUAAUGGAGUUACAGGUGCAGCCAUGCGCCCAGUCGCGGGGCAUUGGUUCACAACUUCUGAAAUCCGCUUUUAAUGACGUUCAGGCAGCCGGAUACAAAGCUCUAAAUUUGUGUGUACAAAGAGGUAAUGACAGGGCGCUGAACUUCUACACAAACAAAAUGGGGUUUAAGAUAACUGACGAAUUUCCAAGUUAUUAUCUCCUCUCUCAUGACAUCAAUUAG